UCGACGGUGUGCUAUAUAAAUAACGACUUUACCUGACAGACUUUUGCAUUAGUGUGAGCAGUUUAGUGUUUUAUACUGACAGGCACAAAACGGAACCCGUCUUAGCCAAACACUGUUGAGGUUGUCUUGUUGGUUUCCUCCCGUCACUGCUGCUUUCUUGCUUAGCGACGUCGGCCGAGCCUAGCUUACCGUAUCUACGUGCCAAAUGAUGCUCACAGGGGGGGUAUUAACUCAACACCACCCGUAAUGUUGCGCUGGUUGUCGCUGCGCGCCUUGUAGGUCGUUGUUUGGUUCGAGAAAAAGAGUCCAGGAAGCUUGGAGAGAGAGAGAGAAAAAAAGAGAGAACCAAGAGCAGAGCAAGUCAGGAGGCCACGGUCCCCCUUCUCGCUAACACACACACACGCACACAUCACCACGGCCUUGAUGGUGAUGCAUGCAAGGAAACCAGCAAGAGUCAGUGAUGGGUGCACCGACAGAAGGGAUCCACAAUCCUAUCAGACCCAUAAAUCUCAGCCAAAGAGCCAGUCCAGCAGCCUUCACCGUUACGACAAGGUUCGGGAUGGCUCGUCAGAAUCCACGCCCCCUUAUAAGAUGCGGCGCUCGGAUGAAAGUCCUGUCAGCAGACACGUUGACAGCACAGGACACGGCAAGGCAAAGAUCUCGCACACCGUUCGGGCGAAAAACGGGACCAGCGACUCUCCCCAUGAGAACUCUCAAAACAACAGCUCCCACCAUGUUGCCGAUUCGCAUUCAGUUCAGAGCAAGCCUGCAGAACGAGAUCCAGCAGAUGACUGGACAGAACACAUCAGCUCUUCUGGGAAGAAGUACUACUACAACUGUAGAACUGAGGUCUCCCAGUGGGAGAAGCCCAAGGACCUGUUGGAGAGAGAGCAACGACAGAAGGACUCAGUCAAGUUGCCGGCGAACAGUUUCCCUCGAGACAUGGACUACAGACAAGAGGCCUUACAGGACAAAGCUACUAAAAACUCAUCAGGGGACCAAUCCAGUGCGUCCAACUCCGGCCAUGUGUGCUCUUCCUCUCAGAGCCUAAACUCAACGUCCGCCCCGACUACCACCUCCUCAACCUCCUCUUCCUCCGCCGCGGGCCAGUUAACUCAAACUGUCCAGUCCCAGUCUCCGGCACUGCUUCAGGACCCGGCUCUCCUGCGGCAGCUCCUGCCUGCACUUCAAGCGACUCUGCAGAUGAACAAUGGAGGGAUGGACAUGGCCAAGCUCAAUGAAGUCUUGACAGCCGCUGUCACCCAAGCUUCCUUGCGGUCUGUGCUUCAUAAGCUCCUCACUGCUGGACCCGCUUUCAACAUCACUGCUCUGCUCUCAGCUGCUCAGCACGCCAACCAAGCCCAGCACUCCAGCCAGUCGCCUGCAUCUCUGACAUCAGACACAUCGUCACCUCGACCGUACGUUUCACCACGGAAUGGCACACAGCAGGGCAACCAGAAAACCCCCAGCAGCGUCGCAUCUUCACAGGCUCGGGGCGGUACAUCUUCAGCUAAGCAGGGCUCGACCCCCCUAGCUCAGACCUCUGAGAAGCGCCCAGAGGACCCCAGGACCCUGCAACAAAGAAGCCAGGAAAUUCUCUCAAUGGGAUCAAACACAGCUGGUGCUGCGCUGUCCCACACCGCUUCCAGCAGCACCGGUCAAAGUCAGCCUGACGCCCCCAGUUCCUUCACCCCCUCCCUGGCAGCUCACUUUGAUGAGAAUCUCAUUAAACAUAUCCAAGGAUGGCCUUCAGAGAACACUGAGAAACAGGCGGCCCGGCUGCGCGAGGACAUCCACAACAUGGGCAGCCUCUACAUGUCGGAGCUGUGCACGGAGAUGAAAAACCUUCGCUCCCUGGUCCGAGUCAGUGAAAUUCAGGCCACGUUGAGGGAACAGAGAAUCCUGUUUCUGAGGCAGCAGAGCAAAGAGCUGGACAAGCUGAAGAACCAGAACUCUUACAUGGUCUGAGCAAGGACAGACUUGGGACGAGAUGGUUUCAAGAAUGUCUGCCAACAGCCGACCAGACGUGGACAGCUGCUCCUUGCCUGCCUGUUUACCCCCCACCCCCCCCCCCCCCCCCAAUCUUUCCCUCAUCCCACAAGAGCAACUAAGAGGCUGUUAGACGGCAGCAGCUUUUCCAAGGGUGAGAUCCAUCACCCUGAACACGUCUGCCAUGUUUUUUUGUUUUUUUUUUUUCGUUUUUUUUUUUUUCUUCUCCAACCUCCACUGCGAGUCGCUCUCAUUGAUAACGGCUCACCAAGCUGGACACCAGAGGACCUCAGGCUCUUUUCAAAAAAACGGCACCUUCUCCGAUUGUGUGUAUUGUACUGAGUUUGUUUGCAGGUGUGUUUUUAGAUGUUGUGGUCAGAAAAAAGAUUAGUUCAUUAUCUUAAAAAAAAAAAAUAAAAAUACAAAAAAAAAAAAACUGUCGGAACAUCAUUAAUGAUGAUUGUCGGUGGACACGUGGACUUGAAGAAUCAGAUAUUUCACGUGAUGUUACACAUUUCCAUGCACUAGAAUGAGCACCAUUCCGGUUCCACUUGCUCCAGUAAUAAUGCUUGCAGAAAACACAGUAAGUUGUCUCCAGAAAUCCUGUAUUUGAAAGACAUUUUGGAAAAAAAACAACACAUUAUCGGACCUAGGUCAGCUGCUAGUACAUAUGAGGUCAUGUGAUCUCUUCAUCAGUUCUGCUUUAUAAUGUUUUUUUUUUUUACUGUUUCCUCCCAAAUCCGAAUUGAAGGGAACUUUCAUUCCUUUUGUGCGGUGAUUGUGUAAAAAUGACUGAACUGACAGUCAUGUAAAUUAUUGUUCAACAUAAUUUUUUUGUGCUUGUAGUCAUUAGGCAACACUUUUUUUUUUUUUACUCUUUAAAGUAAAAUUUUUUUCUUUGUUCAGCUGCUGUGGCUGAACGCCUUCAACAUUCAAAUUUGUAACCUGAAGGUUUACUGUUAUUUUAAUAUAUAUAUAUGAACAACCGAGAGAUCACAUUGAACUACAUUUGUACACCCAGAAAAGCAAUUUAUUUUCUCUCUCAGCUGUUUAGUUUUCCUUUUUGAGUCCAGGAGAUGAUGUGCACACUUGUUUUUUUUUUGA